AGCUUUGCGGCUCAAACGUGCUGCUGAGCCUGAAGGGCGAAUGCAGACGGAUGCCGAUGAUAUCAGUGACAUCGCAGAGGACGAGGACACCCAUGUGAUCAGAACAGCGAAUGUUCCCGAAAGCCUGCGCGGAAAAACCGUCGACUUUGAAACCGAGCCUGAGAAGCCCAAACCCAAGCCUACGUGCGGGAGCAGGCUGCGUCGAUGCAUGAAGUCUAUCGAGAUGUGCUUAGACAAGAUCCCGUUUCCUCAGAUCCGGCCUUGCAAAUGUUUGCGCCGACCCGGGCUCAUGAACCGGAUGUGCGAGGCGAACAGGUGCUGCUUCUUCUGCGGAAGCAGGGGCUGCGUGCUUUUUGGCACCCUGAGGAAGCCGAUCUUGAUGCUGUCAUUGUGCCUGACCAUGGUGAGCAUGCUGCUUCGGGCGAUGCCUGCAGCAGCGCUCUCGUCGGACACUGGCAAUUUGAACGCGUGGCCUUGGGCGUACGGGAGGUAUGUUUGCAUUCAGAAGGAUAUGUGCGAGGGCUUGGAGGCCAAUGUCUUCAUUGGCCUUGAGGCGCUGCUGGUGGACAGCACCAACUUCAACAUCUACAAGGUCAUCCAGUGGGGCGCUGACAACUGCGUGGAGAAUCUGAGCUCUCUGGGCGCCGGGUCCUACUGCCGCAUCUGCGACUACGCCUCCAAGGCCUGCGCCGCCAUGGCCUUUACCUCCAUCGCCACAGGCUUGGUGAAUGUGUGGACGGAUAUCCAGCGAAUGCGCGCACAGAACGACCACAACUGCAUCAAAAGCCUUGCAAUCAUCAGCAACAUCUUUGGAGCACUUCAGCUGUGCCUGGCGGUCAGCAUCUUCCAUACCUUCUGUGUUGCAGAGUUCCCUUUGGAGGACGCAGGUCAAACCUUCAGGAUUGACCUGACCAUGGGCAAAGGAGGCGCAUUGAUCGCCAGCGCCUCCGGUGUAAACUUCUUCAACAUUGUGAUCCAUUGGUUGGUCCCCGUGCCGGAGGCCCGCUGGAAGGCCGGCGGUGACAUUGACGAUGAUCCGGCGCCGCACCUGUGGCUAACCGCGGCUACAAUGAACAUGAGCAAGGUCAUGCCCUUCGACGGAGCCGUUCCGGGCGGCACUUUGAUAGGAGUAGAGCCAGAGCGUCCCAAGUCCAGGGACAGCAGCGAGCCGGAGCCUGCCCCGUAGCUUGGCCCAGCACCAGACAGAGGGUCUGAUGCAAAUGAGCUGGCCACAUCGGGGCGGAUGGUUGCUCAGUCUUGAGCCCUGUGGCGCAGGCUGUGCCCUGUGCAGCCCUGUGCAGGGCAGUAGGAAUUGCAGCUGGGAAGUGCAUGAAAGAUCCCGCUGUGCAAGCUCUGAACCGCACACCUCAGGUAUGAUGGGUACUUAGCCCCCGUGCAAAUGACGGGUGCCAGGG